AUGGCUACCCACGCGCUUCAUCAGCUGUCGCAGCUGUUCCCUCCAAGACCUGUGUUUACCGAAAAGAACGUCCCUGACCUUACUGAAAAGGUCUACAUCGUUACUGGUGCCAACACCGGCAUCGGCAAAGAACUGGCCCGGAUCCUCUACUCCAAGAACGCCCGAGUCUACGUCGCUGCCCGCUCAGAAGAAAAAGCAUCAAAGGCCAUCGCCGACAUCGAAGAAGAUUUUCCAGCCUCCUCUGGCGAGCUCGUCUUCAUGCAUCUCGAUUUGGCGGAUCUCAGCACCAUCUCGUCUUCGGUGCAGCAAUUCCUCGACCGCGAAUCAACGUUGCAUGUCCUCUUCAACAAUGCAGGCGUCAUGACUCCACCUCAUGGUUCAACCACUGCCCAGGGCUAUGAGCUCCAGCUAGGUGUCAACAACAUUGGCACUUUCAUGUUCACCAAACUCCUCACGCCGAUACUCGUUGCCACUGCCAAGACUGAGAAACCAGGCACCGUGCGCGUCAUCUGGGUGUCUUCCUCAGCCGCCGAGUCGCCAUCUUCUGUCAAGGGAGGCGUCAACAUGGACGAUAUCGUGAAACGCAAAGAGAAGACUCCAUUCACUUGCUAUGCACUUAGUAAGGCCGGGAAUUAUUUGCACGGUGUCGAGAUGGCGAAGCGGUUUGAGACUGAGGGUAUCAUCAGCAUCCCUCUGAAUCCCGGGAAUCUCAACUCGGAGCUUUAUAGGACGCAGAGACCAUGGGUAGCAUGGAUUAUCCGGACCUUUGUGCUCUACCCACCAGUGUAUGGUGCAUACACCCAGCUCUUCGCUGGGCUGUCACCUAUAGUCACACCGGACAAGUCCGGAAAAUGGGUUGGACCUUGGGGCCGCUUCUUAACCGUCCGCAGUGACUUGGCCUUAGCAUCCAAGCCUAAAGCAGACGGUGGUCUAGGAACAUCCGAGGCGUUUUGGGAGUGGUGUGAAUCUCAAAUCAAGCCACACCUGACGGCCAGCUCGAAAUAG